AUGCUAUUAACUAUUUCACUUGAAUUCACUGGAGAUAUAAUUUCAGUUGAUGUACCUGAAUCACUUUCACUUGAAGAUUUUAAAGCUUAUUUACAAGCAGAAACUGGAAUUGAACCAAAUGAUCAAACAUUAAGAUUUGAUGGCAAAAUAUUAACAACAAAUCAAUCUUUAACCGAAUUGGGGUUAAAAGAAGGUGAAUUAUUGUUGUUGACAAAGAAGCAACAUCAGCAACAACCAGCACCUCAACAGCAGCAACCGCAAGCUGGAAGCUCACUGGCAAUGGAUCCCAACAAUCCAGAAGCUAUAGCCAAUCAACGAAUUGAAUUAAUGAGACAACAAUUUUUAAAUGACCCAAGUUUAAAUGAACAAAUCAGAUUGACGCAACCGGAUUUCCAUCGUGCAUUGUCCAACCCAACAGAAUUUAGAAACUUGGUAAUUCAACAAGCGAAUGAAAACUUUAGUCAACAACAAAAAACUCAAGAUGAAAUUAGAAGAUUACAAGAAGACCCCGAUGAUCCGGAAAAUCAAGCAAGAAUACUAGAAUUAAUUAGACAAGAACAAAUUGAAGAAAAUAUGAAAUUGGCUUGGGAAGUUACUCCUGAAAGUUUCACUACUGUAACCAUGCUUUAUAUUAAAUUGAAAAUUAAUGGAGUUGAAGUUGUAGCCUUGGUUGAUUCAGGAGCUAAUAAUAGUACCAUUAGUCACGAGUUGGCUGAAAAGACAGGAAUAUCAAGAUUAAUUGAUAAACGAUUCCAAGGGAAAGCUAUAGGUGUUGGUUCUCAAGAAAUUGGAGGUAAAAUCCAUAGUGUACCUAUCAAUAUUGGAGAUUCAGAUAUUGAUUUACCUAGUUCAUUCCUUGUAGUUGAUACUUCGGUUGGUAUAUUAUUUGGAUUGGAUAUGUUACGUAGACAUACUACAUAUUAA